GGCUUUCCGAAGCCGUUUACGUGGAGAAAGCCCACUCCUUUUCCAGAGCACGAGUUGGCUCUUCCAAUUUCUCUAGGAGCUGGCGGGUUGCUAUAGCGAUGACGCGUGGAAACGGCUGACGGCUGAAAGCGGAAGGACCACGGAACGCAAAGCACUAUGGGUUGACUUCAGAGGUGUAUUGUGGGAAGAAUCUGUCGGGCUGGCUUGUUGUUAACCACUCGGUCCUGGCUGGCGUUGAAACUCCGCGGACAAGAUGCCGGAGCGAGACAGUGAACCGUUCUCCAACCCUUUGGCUCCAGAUGGCCACGAUGUGGAUGAUCCUCACUCCUUCCACCAAUCAAAACUCACCAAUGAAGACUUUAGGAAACUUCUUAUGACCCCAAGGACUGCACCCACAUCUGCACCACCCUCUAAGUCACGGCACCAUGAGAUGCCAAGGGAGUACAAUGAGGAUGAAGAUCCAGCCGCACGAAGGAGAAAAAAGAAAAGUUAUUAUGCCAAGCUACGCCAGCAAGAAAUUGAGCGAGAGCGGGAGCUGGCUGAGAAGUAUCGGGACCGUGCCAAGGAGCGAAGAGAUGGUGUGAACAAAGAUUACGAGGAAACUGAGCUCAUCAGUACCACAGCUAACUAUAGGGCCGUGGGCCCUACUGCUGAGGCGGACAAGUCCGCUGCAGAGAAGAGAAGACAGUUGAUUCAAGAGUCCAAAUUCUUGGGUGGUGACAUGGAACACACCCAUUUGGUGAAAGGUUUGGAUUUUGCUCUGCUUCAGAAGGUCCGAGCUGAGAUUGCCAGCAAAGAGAAAGAGGAGGAGGAGCUGAUGGAAAAACCCCAGAAGGAAACCAAGAAAGAUGAAGAUCCUGAAAAUAAGAUUGAAUUUAAAACCCGUCUGGGCCGCAAUGUCUACCGCAUGCUCUUUAAGAGCAAAGCGUACGAGAGGAAUGAGCUGUUCCUGCCGGGCCGGAUGGCCUAUGUGGUGGACCUGGAUGACGAGUAUGCUGAUACAGACAUCCCCACCACUCUUAUCCGCAGCAAGGCUGAUUGUCCUACCAUGGAAGCCCAGACCACCCUGACCACAAAUGACAUCGUCAUCAGCAAGCUCACCCAGAUCCUUUCCUACCUGAGGCAGGGUACCCGGAACAAGAAGCUCAAGAAGAAGGAUAAAGGGAAGCUGGAAGAGAAGAAGCCCCCUGAAGCGGAUAUGAACAUUUUUGAAGAUAUUGGUGAUUACGUGCCCUCCACGACUAAGACACCUCGGGAUAAGGAGCGGGAGAGAUAUCGGGAACGAGAGAGGGAUCGAGAGCGAGACAGAGAUCGUGAGCGGGAGCGAGAGCGGGAACGGGAGAGGGAGCGGGACAGAGAGCGAGAGGAGGAGAAGAAGAGGCACAGCUACUUCGAGAAGCCGAAAGUAGACGAUGAGCCCAUGGACGUCGACAAAGGGCCUGGAUCUGCUAAAGAGUUAAUCAAGUCCAUCAAUGAGAAAUUUGCCGGAUCUGCUGGUUGGGAUGGCACUGAAUCGUUGAAGAAGCCGGAAGACAAAAAGCAGCUGGGAGAUUUCUUCGGCAUGUCUAACAGUUACGCAGAAUGCUACCCGGCCACAAUGGAUGACAUGGCGGUGGACAGUGAUGAGGAAGUGGACUACAGCAAAAUGGACCAGGGUAACAAGAAGGGCCCGCUAGGUCGCUGGGACUUUGAUACCCAGGAGGAAUACAGCGAGUACAUGAAUAACAAGGAGGCUUUGCCUAAGGCUGCAUUCCAGUAUGGCAUCAAGAUGUCUGAAGGGCGGAAAACCAGACGCUUCAAAGAAACCAAUGACAAGGCAGAGCUGGAUCGCCAGUGGAAGAAGAUUAGUGCGAUCAUUGAGAAGAGGAAGAAGAUGGAAGCUGAUGGGGUUGAAGUCAAAAGACCAAAAUACUAAUCUCCAGCUCCAUCUUCAGGAAUAAUCACUGCACGGAUGUAUUCUCCACUGCUGUCUCGCCACAGUUCCUGGAAAGACUCUAGGACAGUUUACUUUUAUUUCAAAUGUGUAUAAUUUUUUGUAUGAUCAUUUAGUUCCAUUAAAAUUGGCUAACCUGCGGUCGUA